UUCCCACAAUACUUUCGCGAGAAGAUUCAGGCCUGCCUCACGCUCUUCUGGACUUUUCAAGCCCCCUUUUUCCAAAAGGCAUCACCGGCUGAGCUACUGUCCAACAUUCUCUAUCGAACGCUCUCAGACAGUCUAUUGGGCUAUACAUAUAUUGAUUUCUGCGCAGGUGCAGGUGGUCCUACACCAUUCAUCGAGCAGAAUCUCAAUGCCCAGCUCUCUUCACCGCCUGCCUCUCCAUUCACAGAAGUCUCUAACUCCAAUGGCCUCACCUCGCGCUCCUCUCGAGCUGUUUCUUCAUAUGAUGGCCCUGUCAAAUUUGUUUUGACAGAUUUGCAUCCUCCUAUCAAUGCUUGGACAGAAUUAUCCAAGCGCAGUGACAACCUGAGCUUCAUUUCUGAGUCAGUUGAUGCAGCAAACGCACCCGCAAAUCUCAAUGUACAAGGUGGAAAGAAGGCCUUCAGAUUAUAUAAUUUGGCAUUUCAUCAUUUCGAUGAUGAUUUGGCGAAGGCCAUAUUGCGGAAUACCAUUGAAACAGCAGAUGGGUUUGGUAUCUUUGAGCUUCAGGAAAGAACAAUUUCCUCCAUCCUCACAAUCUUUGCUAUGGGAUUCACGUUGUUCUUGAUCAGCCCUUUCUACUUCUGGAGAUCGCCAGGUCAGCUAUUUUUCACGUAUGUCAUUCCUAUCAUACCUUUUGUUCUGGUCUUUGACGGGAUUGUUUCCUCCUUGAGAACACGAAGCGCCGAGGAAGUACGGGCUUUAAUGAAGGAGUGCGGAGCACCUUGUGAUAACUGGUCCUUCAAAAACGGUAGUGAGCAGCAUACAUGGCCAACCGGGUAUAUGACUUGGAUCAUUGGUACCAAAGAUUAG